GGGCGUCAUUGGUCCAGACGGGCUCGACUUCAGAGUCAUUCGAACCUUGCUUGGCUGUAGAGAGGUUUGGAAAAGGCAGCCAGGAAAGGGCCCCAUGUUCCAGGAGGCGCCCAGAGGCAGCAGCGCCAGGGAGUACCGCUUUGGAGGAAGAGGAGAGGAGGAGGGAGAAGAAGGGAGCCAGGAGGAGCCAGAGCUGGUGGUCCUUAUUCCUGAGGUCCUUGAUCCUCAGUAUGGCAUGUACGUUUGGCCCUGUGCAGUGGUUUUGGCUCAGUAUGUCUGGUUUCAUAGAAGACUAGUCUGUGGCAAGAACAUUUUGGAGAUUGGCGCUGGUGUGAGUCUCCCUGGGAUAGUAGCAGCAAAAUGUGGAGCAAAAAUGAUACUGUCAGAUAAUGCAGAAUUCCCUCAGUGUUUGGACAAUUGCCGAAGAAGCUGCCAGAUGAAUAACCUCUCAAGUGUAUGUGUCACAGGAAUCACCUGGGGUCAUAUAUCACCCAACCUGUUGGCUUUACCAGCAAUGGAUGUAAUUUUGGCAUCUGAUGUAUUUUUUGAACCAGAAGACUUUGAAGAUGUUCUAAGCACAGUGAGCUACUUUAUGAAAAAGAACCCACAUACUCAGUUCUGGACUACUUACCAAGUCAGAAGUGCCGACUGGUCUAUUGAAGGACUACUCUACAAGUGGGAGAUGGAAAGCUUCUGUGUGCCACUGCAGUCUUUUCAGGCCAACAACGAACAACUAGCAGGCCCCUUUCUUCCAGGAAGACAUACUGUUGAAAUGAUGGUUAUUACCCCAAUGAAAUCAAUGUUGUGAAGCAUUUUAGGACACUUUUUAAAAAUAAAUAUUCUA